CGGCGCGCGGCCCCGGCUACGGCCUCCUGUCCAUCCGCGUGGACGGCAACGACGUCUUCGCCGUGUACAACGCCACCAAGGAGGCGCGGCGGCGCGCCGUGGCCGAGAACCAGCCCUUCCUCAUCGAGGCCAUGACCUACCGCAUCGGCCACCACAGCACCAGCGACGACAGCUCCGCGUACCGCUCCGUGGACGAGGUCAACUACUGGGACAAGCAGGACCACCCCAUCUCGCGCCUGCGCCACUACAUGCUGGCGCGCGGCUGGUGGGACGAGGAGCAGGAGAAGAGCUGGAGGAAGAGCUCGCGGCGCAAGGUCAUGGAGGCGUUCGAGGAGGCCGAGCGGAGGCCCAAGCCCAGCCCGCGGCUGCUCUUCGCCGACGUGUACCAGGAGAUGCCGCCGCACCUGCAGCGGCAGCAGGCGGCCCUGGCGCGGCACCUGCGCCGCUACGGCGAGCACUACCCGCUGCAGCACUUCGAGCAAUAA